AUGGGGGCCGCGGAGGCGGCGGUCGCGGCGGCGCGCGACGCCGGCGCUGCGAUGGGGUUCGACCUGGUGGAGCCGGCCGACCUUGACCGGUACAACGCGGCCUGCGCGGAGCGAGGCACCCCGGCCAUGGUGGCCCCGCGCGGCAACACGCGCGGCGCGCUCGUCCUGCUGCUGGGGGCGAGCUCCAGGCUGUGGCCCGCGUUCCUGGACGCCCUCGCGCAGGACGGCGCGCUGCAGCGGUGCGGCGACCCGCUCGACGCGUACACGGAGCGGUGUGCGCUCUCCAUCGCGGAGGUCGCGCACCGGGCCGCGUGGCCGUCGGGGGGCGGGAGCGCGAGGGUCAUCUUCGCGCACCGGCCGUCCCGCGAGGUGGUCUCGAGCGCGGAGGAGGCCACGGACGCGACGGAGGGCCGCGGAGGGGACGCCGGUCCAGCGCGCUACAUCGCGAUUCAGAGGCUCGCGGAGGUCGCCGGGGUCGCCGCGCUCGACGCCGACACGCACCUGUGCAUCCACCCCACGUUCGGCCCGUGGUUCAGCCUCCGCGCGGCCGUCGUCCUCGACGGCGUGCCGGUCCCCGCCGCGGUGCGCGACCGCCAGGUGCCCGCGGUCGACAUGCCGCCCGAGGACGUCGCGCGGCGGGCCGCGGAGCUCUGGGCGACGAUCGGCACGUCCUACACGGCCGCGCGCGAGAGGUGGCGCGAGCUGGUCGAGGUGCGGCGCGCGGCCGCCCCCGGCCACCCGUGGGAGUACGGCGAGGACCAGACGCGGUACCACUACACCGCCGACGUGGCCUUCCUCCGGACCUGCGUGGCGCGCGGGCGGACGCACGCCGCGUGA